GAAUGACAAGUUCAGUCGCCGCUGCAACCGUUGUUUCUGCAGAAGUUUUGUGCACACACACGUGGGGGAACUCUUUUCGUGCAGCACGAAAAACGACGAUUCUUCCUGGCUCACGCAAUUAGGUUGGCCAUGAAUUUCGGAAUUUAUGGCGCUAAUGAUUACGCCAGCCCUUCAUCAUCUUAUUCAGCGAACGCUACUGAUGUAAACUACGAUGGAACAGUCGAUGAUCGUAUUCAAGCGUUGCAGAAGAGUAUCCAUGAACAGCAUAUACUAUUAUCCGCCAUGGACGUCUCCCUAGACGACAACGAUGAGAUGGAUUCAGACACCCAAACUUUGGAGAACUUAAAGUCACGAAUACGAGCAGUAUCUCGAGAACUACAGCAGAACGACAGCAGGUGGUUGAACACCACACCUGCCAUGGCCCGAUACGAUACCCGUCAUCAUGGGUCAUUAUACUCUGCGGCUCACUGGUGGACACGAUAUCAGAAUAAUGUGCGACAAUUGGAAGAUUUGGGUGAUCAACGGCGUGCGCUUAUGAAAGAACUCGAUUACCUCGUCGAUACCAAGAUAAAAGCGGCGUAUCAACAGCUGGCAGAUACCACCGAACAAUUAAAUCACGCCAAAACCGAUUUAAACAAGCUUCGAGCCAAUCGUCAACAGCAGGCUGCUUCCAUCGAUCAACAGUCCAUUGAUGUCGCCACCGACAUGGACCACAUCAAAGCUAGAGCCCGAGCCAUUGUUGCCGCUCGUAUGAAUCGUAAUACGGCUCAACGAGAAACCAACCAAGUGCUACGGACGGAAGAAAAUGAGGGGCGUCAACGGAUUAUUGAAAUGGAUCGCCUCAUGGAUCGUAUUCGGGCGCUAAAGGACAACGGUCAUGAGCUUGUUCAGCACGACUUGACGUCCAUUGAUAAUGCCAUCGACGAAGCACAAACCAUACUUCGGCAGCAUAAAAUGUUUGACGAAGGUUUAUUUAUUAGCGACGAGUUGGCACGAUUUAUCAGUAGUUUAGCCACGGCGACUGAGGAUGACUGCGAUUCAAUGAGUGUGAAACCCAAAAUCAGUCGACCGAGUAUCCACCCUGUCACUUCCGAUAUGUCCAGUUACAUGGGCAGCUCGGAUGCGUUAUCCGUGCCACCACCACCGGUACCGACCUCACAGCGUCCCAAUUCGCCUCGAUCAGCUACCGACAUCAAAGCUGAAGCCCAGAGACGGAUAGAGGAACGGCGGCAAUGGCUAUUGAAGAAACAAGCAAUAGCCGCCAAGCCAGCGCCAAAGUCCGAGCCCGAGAAGAAACCAGAGACAACUGCAAAGGAUGAUGAGGAAAAGGCGGCUCAAGAACGAUUGCGGCGAGCGGAAACAGAAGCGAGAGAACGAUUACAAUCCAUGCGUGAACGACGGAAUAAAUUGAAACAAGAAGCUGCGGAAGCUGAAGAAAAAUACCGAAAAGCAAUGGCGGAAGCCGAAGCGGCCGCUGAAGCCGAAAAACGUGCGGAAGAAGAACGGCAACGACAAGAGAGGGAAUUACAGGAAGAGCAAAUGAGAAAGGCUGAGCAGGAAUUAGCCCGUACCCGGAAAGAGGAAGAAGAAGCCAUGUUGUCUAGACGAAGGAAAGCGAUCGAAGAACAGGAACAACGUGAAAGGGACGAACAGGAGAGGCAGGAAGCAGAAGAAAGACGAUUGGAUGAAGCCAGGCAACGUAAAGCGCGUCUUGCAGCGGAGAAGGCUGCCAAAGAGAAACGAUUACAACGAGAACAACUGGCCAGACAACAACGUGAAUUCGAAGAAGCGCAAGCCAAAGAACAACAACGACGUCGCGAAUGGCAAGAAACGGUGGCCCGACGUCACGCUGAAGCUGAAGCUUUGAAACAGGAAGAAGAACGGCGGAAAAGAGAACUAGAAGAAGCGGAAGCCAAACGAAAGCGUGAAGAGGAAGCUAUCCGAGAGGAAGAGGAACACCGUCGCAAAAUGCUGGAAGAAGAGCAAGCAAAAGCACAAAGAGAAGAAGAGCACCGGAAACGACAACAAGAGAAGCAACAAAGGGAAGAAGAAGAACGGAAAGAACGCGAGAGAAGACAACGGGAAGCAGAAGAAGAAGAGCAAUGCAGGAAACAGCAAGCCAUGGAGGAAGCCGUCCGAUUGAAUGGUAACGCUACGGCAGGCACCAGCGGUUACGGCAUCGAUAUCGAAGAUGAAGUGGAUUUUGGCACCAUCUACCGUGUAAAUACGUUGUAUGAAUAUCGCGGUCUUCGAGAAGAUGAUCUGUCUUUUGGCGAAGACGAGACGCUCAAAGCGCAUCCGUCCAAGGACAAAGCCAGUGAUUGGUGGUAUGGCACAUCGCUCACCACGAACCAGGUGGGAUUCUUUCCUCGCACGUAUGUUGAAGUGAUUGAAGAAGCUUUUCGUGUCCGAACCCUGUAUCCGUUCUCCAAAACGAGGGACGACGAUCUGGCGUUUGUGGAAAAUGAGAUUAUCAUUAUUCAACCUUUCCAGGAUGAAGUCAGCGAUUGGUGGUACGGCACAAACGAAGACACUGGUGAAAGUGGAUUUUUCCCAAAGAGUUACGUGGAAAACAUUGAUCCAGGCAAACCGGCGGUCACCGUGUCUGUGGCGAGACCGGUGCCUAUCAAACACAGUUCUUCAGCCUGGAGUAUAUCGCAAGGUUUUGGAGAUAGCAAAAAUGGCAUGCUGACAGUAUCCGAGGAAGAUAUUCCUCGUGGUUCCUCCGCGCCUAAUACACCCGUGUUGAAAAAGACGACAUUGGGAUUAAACCGGUUGGACGUCACUCGUCGCCGACGUGCAGCUAGCAAUGCCAGUAGUGUCAAUGGUAGCUUGAUUCCAACUCCCAGUCUCCCGUUACAAUGCGCGGAUCAACGUCCUGAAAGUCCUGCUGUCACCAGCUGGGCUAGCACCAUGGAAGCUCACGAGCUCGCUGCGAUACCACCCGAUGAACGAAGUCGGCAGGAAGCUAUCUUUGAACUGUUAUCCACAGAACGUACCUAUUUGCGCGACCUGCAAAUGAUUGUCAAUGUCUUUUAUGUGGAUUCUGGAAAAUAUUUGACGCAGACGGAACAAGACGUGGUUUUCUCAAAUAUUGAUGACUUAUUGCUCUGCAAUACUGCGUUAUUAAGUGAUUUGGAAGCUCGUCAGCGCGAACGCGCUGGCGUCGUUUAUUGCAUGGGCGACGUGUUCUUAAAACAUGCUGAGAGUUUAAAGUGCUACUCCACAUUUUGCCGUAAUCAAUCUUCUGCAAGCAGGUUCUUGCAAAAGAAACGAGAAGAAGAUCAAUGGUUUGAAGUGUUUUUGAAGACUGCUCAAACUCGACCUGAAUGUCGAGCGCUGGAUCUAUCCCAUUUCCUUCUUGAACCAGUGCAACGCAUUACACGAUAUCCUCUACUGUUACGACAGAUUCUGAAAUGGACCCCCAAGAAGCACCCUGAUUACAGUCUAGUCAAGUCUGCAUUGAGAGAGGCUGAAAAGGUUUUGGAGGACGUUAAUGAAGAAACCCGACGAUAUGAAAAUCAUCAAAAGAUGGGAGAGCUGAGUCGUAUCCUCGACAUGGAACACUAUGGCCUUCUCGAUAUUGGCGGACGUGAAUUCGUUAUGGAGGGCAUUCUUUACAAAGCGAAAAGCGGACGUAAACUCCACGCUUAUCUGUUCAACGAUUUGUUAGUGUUGGCCGAACCAUUGAAAGAAUUGAGUCCAAAAGGAUACCUAUAUUAUUUAUACAGAGAGCCAAUGAAGAUUGAAAUGAUUACUGUGCGGCAACAGCAAAACAUGAGCUUAAAGUCCAAUUUUGUCGGCGGGGGAUCAGGGGAAGAUACCAAUUUCCAAAUUGCCUAUGGCAGUCAAGUCAUAGCAGUGAAAGCGCCAUCAGCUAGCCAAAAGCGUCAAUGGAUCAGUCAACUUCAACAUUACAGCGCUUUACGUCUAACACUACGACGAUAGGACUAUAUACACACAUCAUACCUUAAUUAGAAUACGCGUUCGAUCUAAAUUAUUGCCCUCAUCCGUGUUCUUUUGUUUGCGCUAUUGCUGAAACAACAACAUCUAAAGAAUGUGUUUCUUGGUAUUUCUUCCCAUCUUGUAAAUACACGACAAUGCACAUUACAUCACACAUUUUACAAAGCUCCGUCUUUUGUCAAUGAAAAGCAAAUAUGGACCUCAUGUUUCAUCUUUUUGAAUCACCAAAGAGUCUCGAGCUUACGGUGUCCGUUGAACCCAAGGAAUACAACUGCAGAGCAGGUGAUUCAAGAGCCGCAGUUUAUUACCGAGCAGGUUAUCCAAGGACCGCAGCAGAUUGAAGUUUCUUCACAAUAGCAUACCAGGCGUUGUCAAUGUGGG